AUGAGGCACUUUUCUGGGAUCUUCAAUAUCGGCUCCAAACCGGCUGCCCCAAAACCUAAUGAACUGCAUCAACCCACUAGCAUAAUUAACCAAUGCGCUGUGGAGGAUCGGUCUGUUGAUGAAACCCGCCGGCUGAGAGUUGUCAUCAUUGGUGCCGGUAUUUCGGGGAUUCUCGCAUGUAUUCGGUUCAGGCAGCGAAUCCCCAAUCUUGAUAUAUGCGUAUAUGAAAAGAAUGCAGAUAUUGGAGGGACCUGGUUUGAAAAUCGGUACCCAGGAUGCGCUUGUGAUAUUCCAGCUCAUACCUACCAAGCCACGUUCGAGCCUAACAAGGAGUGGUCGACGUUCUAUGCCAAGGCUCCAGAAAUUCACCAGUAUUGGAAGCAUGUUGCCGAGAAGUACGGAUGUAUGGAAUACAUCAAAUUGAGGCAGCAGAUAUCCGAAGCUGUCUGGGAUGAGGAGGAAUCGAAGUGGAAUCUGCAGAUUCAAGACUUGGAAACCUCGUCCAUUUAUAAAGAUCGAUGCGAUGUCGUAUUUCAGGCGACGGGAGCAUUGAAUAACUGGAAAUGGCCGAAUAUCCCUGGUCUUCAGGAAUUCAAGGGCAAGUUGAUGCACAGUGCUUCGUGGGACGAGAGUUAUGAUUACAAAGGGAACCGUGUUGCAGUCGUCGGUAAUGGGUCAAGUGGGAUCCAGAUUGUUCCCGCAUUGCUACCUGAUGUGCCACACAUCGACCAUUAUAUGCGCAGUCGGACCUGGAUUUCCCCGUCGUUUGGACGAGAACAAAUUGACAAACGUGGGAAGGGACUGGACAAUUUUACCUUUACGACCGAAGACAUCGAAAGCUUCAAGAAAGAUCACCAGAUAUAUCAGAAUUUUCGCAAAGACGUCGAGCUGGAGCUUCAGUCUAUCCAUGGUGCCACCCUUACUGGACAUCCAAUGCAGCUCGGAGGACAGGAGCUAUUCGCAGAGAACAUGAAGCGGCGUUUGGCAAAUAAGCCUGAACUGAUUGAUGAAUUACUUCCUUCAUUUCCGCCCGCGUGUCGUCGACUCACUCCAGGUCCCGGGUAUCUAGAGGCGUUGACAGAUGACAAGGUAGACCUUAUCACGUCGGACAUUAUCAAGGUAGACGAAACCGGGAUAAUCACCGCAGAUGGUCAGCACCGCCCUAUCGACAUGCUUGUAUGUGCCACUGGCUUUGACACAUCAUAUACUCCCCGGUUUGUGAUCAAAGGCCGAGGUGUCACCCUCUCGGAACGAUGGAAAGAAACCCCAGAGACGUAUCUCUCGAUCGCGACCGAUGGGUUCCCGAACUAUUUCAUUUCCCUCGGACCUAAUGCGGGACUAGGCGAGGGAAACCUUCUGGUCCUCAUCGAGAGAGCGUUAGAUUAUGUCACAGAAUGUGUGGGUAAAAUGCAGCGGGACAAUAUCCGCGCUAUGAGUGUCCAUCCGGAGGCAGUCAAGCGUUUCACACAAUACUGCAAUCAAUAUUUUGCGGGAACUGUAUUCAGCAGUAAAUGUCGCAGCUGGUAUAAGGGUGGGACUGAGAAUGGUCGGGUCACCGCUCUCUGGCCAGGUUCUUCCCUGCACUCCAUGAAGGCGUUGGCAAAUCCCCGAUGGGAGGACUUUGAGUACUGGUAUGUGAAUAAUAAUGCUUCUGGUUGGAUUGGGGAUGGUUGGACAGAGAAUGAGAAGCAGAACAAGAUCAAUGUGAAUUACUUGGACGAUAACGAGGUCGAUUUUCCUCCAAUCCACGCCGCUGGAUAA